CUUGCCUCUCGUCACUGUGGUUUGGACGCGCCGGCAAUAUUGUAACUAUUUUCACUAACUGGACGAAGCGCCAAAUAUGGAGAUCGGCACGGAGAUUAGCAAGAAAAUAAGGGCGGCUAUCAAGGGAAAGCUCCAAGAGCUUGGAGCAUAUGUCGAUGAUGAGCUUCCUGACUACAUCAUGGUGAUGGUUGCGAACAAGAAGACUUCUCAGCAGAUGGCCGACGACCUUUCCCUUUUCCUUGGAAAUAACACCAUCAAGUUCUCUGUCUGGUUACAUGGUGUCUUGGAGAAAUUAAGAUCUGUGGCAGUAGAGCCUGUGUCUUUGAAACCUCAGCUUCAGUCCGACAGUGACCCCGUGGCUGAUAACAGCAAUGUGUUUGUGAAAGAAGUCAUGAGAGGAGAGGAGUCAAAAAGCUUGGCCGUAUCCAGCUCGCGCUCUGAAAGAGUCGAGACCCGCGUGUCAAGCUCUGCUCAUGAAAAGAGAGGCCCAUUGGAGAGGGGUUCCUCCCGUCUUACCUCUACAGUCAAGCCCCUCAUUGAGCUGCCUCCCUCAGAAGCUGUCAUUGACAUCAAACCUGAGAUGGAUGAUGACCUUAUUGCAGAAGAACCUGUAGUAAUGGGUGCCAACACUGGUCGCUCUCGCAGCACAGCUAGUCGACCCACAGCCCAGAUCUACAGGCCAUCUCGAGGAAGAUUGACAUCAGGUACAUCUGAAGAUACAUUCAGAUCCAUGGAAGGGCCCUCUCACAGCAGACAGCAGCACAGCCACCUGCAGGACAGCAGAAGCAACAGACCCUCCAGAAAUGGGUCAGCUAAGGAGGAAAUUUCUCGGAAGCGCAAGACCCCCGUUGCAAGCUCAGUGGUCCGGGUAAACCGGACAGCUAAAGAAGAUAGUGAUGACAUGGAAGAGGAUGACGAUGAAAGUUAUGGAGGCAGAGGCCUGUCAAGCAGGGUGUCCCUGCCUGCCAAACCAGAACGCAAACCUACUCUACCACCAGCCAAACAAGCUAACCGCAAUCUUAUAUUGAAAGCCAUCUCUGAAGCCCAGGACUCUAUCACCAAGACUACAGCAUACCAAACAAUACCACAGCGACAAACUGUUCCUGUAGCACCCCGUACCCGCUUGGCGAGCACUGAAGAGAUGACUGCGGCCAUUCAGCUAGUGAAAGAGCAUCUGCAGACCCUGAACCCCCGGGUGCAGUCCUACACACCCACAGAGCUUCAGCCCGCUAAAAGACCAGCUCCCACCAGAUCUCUGGCUUCACGCCUUCAGCUGGACCUACCAGUGAGCAACAUCAUAAAAGAGCAGUGUGACUACAUUGCUCCGGAGGAAGUGGAGGUGGCUGAAUCCUGUGAGCCAAAGAACUUUGAUACCCGUUCCUUCAUUAUGAGUCGUCCCUUACUGGAAGAAACUCAAAGCAGAAACCAGCUGCAACCUCAAGUCAAAGAAGACAUCCAGCCUGCUAUACCACGAACCGUCCAAGCUAGUAAGGAAAGCACAGUCAACUCAGCCAGUCCCAAAUUCAUUGUGACAUUGGAUGGGGUACCCAGCCCAAUGGGGAACCUGGGGGACUGUGACAUGGAGCUGGAGGAUGUCAGACCACCCACAAAGGUCACUGAGGCCACAAUUCACCUGAACAGAGAAUCCAAAGUCAGCAUUCUUCACAGGCUGCAGGGAGGCACCAAUUUGCCAGAAGAUGGGAUGGAAGUUGAGACAGGUGAAGAGGAAGCUGUUCCUUUCAAGAGACAGAAGGUUCAUGAGCGCUGCAAGUUCUGGCCCGUUUGUAAAAGUGGAGAUGAGUGUCUGUACCAUCAUCCAACCACUCAGUGCAAGACAUUUCCGAGUUGCAAAUUUGGGGAUAAAUGUCUCUUUGUCCAUCCCAGCUGUAAAUAUGAUGCCAGAUGUACCAAGCCAGACUGUCCUUUUACACAUGUCAGUCGCAGAAGCACAGUUGCCCCUCCAUCCAGACCAGCAGUGCCAGCACCACAGACUGGUAGUGUUUGUCGAUUUUUCCCAGAGUGCAAGAAGGCGGACUGUCCAUUUUACCAUCCUAAGCCUUGCAGGUUUGCUGCCCAGUGUAAACGAGCUGGAUGUACCUUCUAUCAUCCAACCAAGGCCGUGCCCCCGAGACAUGCCCUGAAGUGGACAAAAACUCAGAGCAGUUAAGUCUACGACAGCGUCUAAGAAAUGCUACGAUGGAAGAUUCAACGUGCUCUUGUGACAGAUAUUUGGUUACAUGGUUAUUUCAUUGGUUCUCAAUCAUAUUGUCAAUUUCUUUAUUGUGAAUUGCUUUUUCAGAAAAGUGACUUUAUAAAUGUUCAUUUGUACUAAUACUGUGAGUAUAUAUUAAAAUAC